UUUCAAAAAUAAAUUUAGCUCUAGUGCAGCUGAACUUUCUGUGAAGUUUCAGUUUGGGAUCUUUCUGCAACAGACUCACAAACGUUUUGAGUGCAAAGUUUAUUUGUUUCUCCAGCCUUAGCCUCUUGCUCAGCUUCAUGAUCUAACACCAUUCCUGCUAAGGCAGACACAUUGUAUCUUCUCUCCAUCAAGCCGGGAACAUCUUUUCAAAUGGCAGUUUCUCAGAUCACUCUGUGGAGAUUGAUUUCUGGGGCCUUGGGAGUAAUAUGCCUUUUGUUGAUGGCUACUUUGGGAAUUUUGCUGAAAAUUUCAUAUACUAAACAAACUAUCCAACCAACAUUCUCUCCAGGAUCUAUGAUAGAACUCCAAGAAGCAAGUUACCACAUCAUGGUGGAGUCACAUGGUGGAAUGGAACUAUUCACAUUAUGGCAAGACAGUGGGAAGAGGCCAGGGCCCACUAUCUCCUUCAAUGUGUCUGACUGCUGCUCUUGCCCAGAAAAGUGGAUUGGGCAUCAGUGCCACUGUUAUUUCAUUUCUAAUGAAAGAAAAACUUGGUAUGAAAGUUUCCAUUUUUGUGCUGCUCAGAAUUCCAGUCUACUUCAGCUCCAAAGCAGAGAUGAAUUGCAGGGUUUCAUGAACUCCUCUCAAUCCUUUUUUUGGAUUGGACUCUCAUAUAGUGAAGAACAUGGUGCCUGGUUAUGGAAGGAUGGCUCAUCUCCCAAUCAGGAUCUAUUUCCAUCAUCAGAAACUUUAAAUCCAAAGUCCUGCAUAGCAUAUAAUCCAAGGCAAAAUAUUUUGGAUGAACCCUGUGAAAAUACAAAUGGCUUUAUCUGUAAGAAAUAACUUAGUUAACUGUUUCUUGGGGUGGUGAGGAUGGACAGUAAAGGUCCAGGCUUGCAAAGAAUGGUAUCUUUACCUCUAAUUUUUUAAAAAUCUACUUCUGGGGACUAUAAAAUGUUUUCAAUUGUAUUUUAUCAUACAAUUUUUAUGUAUUUGAAACCAUAUAUUUUAAAAUUGAUGGAAUUUGAACAUCCACAUUUGAGAGACAAGAAUUAAGAUAAAGAAUUUCAUGAAUAUAUUGAUUAGAUGCAUAUUUUACAUUGAAUGUAAUUUUAUACAUACACUUGUAUAAAUACUCUCUGAAAAUAUUUAAAUAAAAUUUAAUUCACACCAAAUAAUAUAUAUCA